GCUGUUGUUUGUGUUUUGCUGGCGACAUCUCAAACACCCACAAAGAAGAAGCACGCUGCGUCCAGAGUGUUGUUGCGUUGUUGUUGUUGUUCAAGCGUGCGCUGUGUGAGAGACGGAGUGAGAUGGCUGGAAUCCGCGUUGUUGUGGGCGCAGUAGUGCUGCUGUCCAUGUUGCUUGGCUUGAGCCAUGCCGCGUGCCCAGGAUCACCCAAUACCCUUCCCAUCUUCGAUGAUGAGCCCAAGCAUGUGCGCAGCGUGGAGAACGGCAAGCUGUUCUCGAUUGAUCACGGCAACGGCAAGUCCAUGCGCAUCCUCCACGUGUACGGCACCCCGUAUCAGAUGGGCAAGGCCCAGGGCGAGAUCUUCACGAAGGAGAUCUACGACAUGAUUACCGCCUUCUCCGGCUACAUUGACAGCCAAAUCGAACCGUACAUCAAGUGGCUCCCCAAGGAGAUUCAAGAGAUUAUCCUGAAGGAUGGCCCGCAGGCCGCGCUGCAGUUUGAGGUGGAUCUCACCCGCAAGUACAUUCCCCAGCACUUCUUCGACGAGCUGAAAGGCAUUGCGGAUGGCAUGAACGGCACCAUGUCCUAUGACGAGAUUCUGCAGUUCCACCUCUUCCCGGAGCUUAUCAAGGCCAGCUGCAGCAUGUUUGGCGCAUGGGGACCUGCCCUCGCAAACACAUCAGACACCCUCAACCAGCUGCGCGCCCUGGACUGGGGCAUCGACAACCCGCUCAUCAACUACUCCGUCGUCGUCGUGUACCACCCCAACGAUGGCAACGGCCACGCCUUUGCGAGUCUCACGUGGACCGGGUUCAUCGGCAGCAUCACCGCCUAUGGUGGACACACCGCCGUCUCAGAGAAGGUCUGGCUUUCCUACAACGAGACGUAUGCGCGAGCCGGAAUUCCCUUCCACUUUCUCAUGCGCGACAUUGCGCAAUACGACCGCACGCUGAGUGACGCCCUCAACCGCGUGUACAACAACAGGCGCACGUGCUCCAUCCACCUUGGCGUCGGCUCGCGCCACGACCAGCAGUUCCGCGCCGUGGAAUACGGGCACGAAGAAGUUCUUGUCUACGACGACCUCAACUACCCAACCUACCUCCCCGCACACCCACAGAUGGACGGCCUGGUGUUUAUCAACAAGCACGUGCAGCCGUCGCACGACACGUGCAUGGGUUCCCUCAUGCAGAAACACUACGGAAACCUCACCGCAGAGACCACCAUUCGCAACGUCCUCGGAAACACCCAGUCAGGCGACAUGCACGCUGCCGUGUACAACUUUGAGAAGAACCACAUGUAUGUCAGUGUGGCUGGACCAAAGGUGACAUCUUCGGGCGAUGUGGAAUCAACAGUGACCCCCGCAUACGCCCGCCCCUGGUUCAAGCUGGACAUGACCAAGCUGUUUGCACAGCAGCAGUAAAUGUGGUUGUGGUGUUGUGCUGCUGCUGUUGCUGCUGUUGCCACUUGUUGCGACUGUUGUUGUUGUUGUUGUUGUUGUUGUUGUUCAUGGUGUUGGCGCCUGGACAUGUGUGAUGCUCGUUGGUGUGUCUGAUGGCCUGGUUGCUGGCCCCAUGUGUUCCCGGUUUUGAUGUGUGUUGUUUGUUGGUCUACCAGACUUGCUGUUGUGUACGUCCGUCUUCUCCUCCCCCCCCCCCUGUGACGCCACUCAGGCGCCUUGGGUGACUGGUUAUCGGUUUCCCACGUGCUGGCCUUCAUUGAACGAUUGAAAGAC